AUGAAUACGUACAGUCCACAACAACGCAUUAAAAUUAUCGAUUUUUAUUAUUCUUCUCAACGAUCAAUUGUUCUGACGCAGCGAAAUUAUCGCCGUUUUUUUAACGUAAGAUCAGCGCCCACAUCUUCCAUGAUUGCAAGUUUAGUUCGCCGUUUUGAGGAACUGGGUUCAGUUGCCGACCGUCCAGGAAGGGGUGCUCAUCGAAAUAUUCGUACUGUAGACAACGUGGAAGCUAUACAGCAGUGUUGCAAAUGA